AUGGACCCGUCGCGUUUGUGCGGCAGAUGCGAAGAAGUCCCAGGGGAAAUAUUCUGCUCCUGCGGGGACAACUUCUGCCAUGAUUGCUUCCACAGAAAGCAUCUAGCGCGAAACCCCAAUCAUCGCCGGGGAGGCGACAGCAAGACUGAGAAAUUCUGGAACAUGGUCACCGGCGCCUUGUCCGACAUCGCAGGGGUCAUCACCACAUCUAAUCAAUUUAAGCGGGAUGAGGCGACGAAAUGGUUUGGCCUCCUUCAAAGGACCGUUGGUAAAAAGCAGAUCAAUUCGCUGGUCGAAACGCCUCGGUUUAGGGACCUGAUGGACGGAUCUCUGCAUCACCACAGAGACAGUCCCAAAAUACAGUUCCCGAGCCUUACGUCCUUUGUUGGAUUCACAGGUGCGGGGAAAUCACUGCUGAUUCGGACUUUGAUGUACCACUGCGAUGCUGCGCAGGACUUUCAGGAUCUUGAGGCGCCAGUGCCAGGAGCCUCCUCGGGGGAUGCCGCAUUGAUCUCGACAACUGGCGAAGUGAACAUGUAUCUUGACCCAUCAACAUACGGCACAGAGACGCCGAUGUUCUACGUCGACUGUGAAGGGCUGAAUGGCACGGAGCCGUUGGCAGCCCAACACCAGAGCGACUGGGCCCGAGUGGGCAAAAAGCACGAGAUCCAGGUCGAGAUGGACCGUCGAACCGCUGUCAGGACGCUCUAUCCCCGAUUUCUAUACAUAUUCAGUGACGUCGUUUGCUACGUGACCAAGGAUCACAAAGGCUGGGCGGAUUCUGCCGUCUGGUUGCUCGACUGGAGUCAAGUUGGAGCCCAGCACACCAUCAAUCAAUAUUCUUUGCCAGCUCUCAUUAUCAUCCUCAACGCCUCCACUCUCACAAACGAAGUGUGGAUCUCCGAAGAUCAAGAUGUCGUCACCAACGCCUUCUUCCGAGCGGUCGAGGAUGAAAUUAGGAAAAACAACAAGCUAAGGGCUCUUGCUGCAAAGUACGGAGACACAACCAUGAGGCAGCUAUUCUCGCGAAGCUACUCAAGUGUCUAUGUACACUACAUUCCCUUCAAGGGAUUCCCACCGCUGGGCACGUCUGAGGUCAUCUACAAGCAGACAGCACAUGUCGCUCGUUGUCGACUCGGCUUUCCACCACCUGGCCAAGGGAAACCAGGAGCCGUUCGACUUUGGACAGUGUCGUCGACAAAUGACGAUUCCUGA